UUGAUCGCUUUGUCACACUUGAUAUCAUCUUUGUAGGAAAAGCUUCCCUCACACCCGAAGAGGCCUUGGAUCUUUUCUACAGUCUUCCUGAUGACCCACACUCUAGUGAGGAAGACGGUGACAGCAGCGAGGAAGAGUUCAUCCCUGAGCUUGCCCCUCCUGAUUCAAGCCAGGAAGAGACGGAAGACGCUGACGCUCCAUCAACUAGCAGGGAUGCACCAUGGGCUAGUAAGCGAAAACGUAAGGCAUCCUACGGUAAACGAAAGACAAAGAAGAAGAAGAAAGUCACAAAAGCAUGCAAUGAAGAUGCGGAAGGUGUGUCUGAUCUAGAAGAAGAAGUCCCGGGUACAUGGGUUACCAGUGAGCCAACGAAUGUGGUAAAAAAUCCCAAAACUUGGGAUCCGCAGUAUUCCGCAAAGUCUCCGAGAAAGCCAGCAGAUGCCUUCGCCCUCUACUUUGAUGACCCUGUCAUGCACAUGCUAGUGGAAGAAACAAACCGUUACGCGGGGCAAACGUGCCGAAGAAAGUGGAAAAAACUGACGACAGAUGAACUGCGUGCCUACUUGGGGGUGCUGAUACUUAUGAGCGUCAACCCAAGACACCAGCUGUACCACUACUGGAGCUGCGAUGGCCUCCUCAACGCACCAGAAAUAUCGAGGGUGAUGUCAUUCAAGCGCUUCCAAUCUAUCAUGAACUGCCUCCACAUGAGCGACAACAGCAAAACAAAAAAGAACGGAGAAGAUGGAUUCGACAGGCUUGCUAAGGUUCGCCCUCUUCUGGACGCAUUGAACACCAGUUUUCAAAGAGAGUACACACCAUCUGCGCAUCAAGCGGUUGACGAGUGCAUGAUCCGAUUCAAGGGAAGGUCAUCGAUAAAGCAGUUCCAGCCCAUGAAACCUAUCAAGAGAGGAUAUAAAGUGUGGGCAAGAGCAGACUCGGAAACGGGUUAUUUGCUGCGGUUUGAAGUGUAUGAAGGAAAGAACGCAAAGCGGCCAGCCAACAAGACUCUAGGAGAACAUGUCGUGCUGUCGUUAUCGGAAGAGAUGGAGGCUGGCUCUCAGUUGUAUUUCGACAACUAUUUUACGUCCACGCGCCUGAUGGAAGAUCUUGCAGACAGGGCUAUCCUUGCUGUGGGGACCGUCCGAACAAACAGAAAAGAUCUUCCUGAGGAGCUGAAGAGAAACAACAAACUCCAAAAAGGAGAAUUUUUAUGGCGCACAAGAGGGAAGGUUACUGCUUACCAGUGGCACGACACCAAAGACGUGCACGUCUUGUCAAAUUUUCAUGAUCCCAGCGACACAACAGAAAUAGAACGAAGACUUAGCAAUGGAUCUUCUAUUGGCGUGGUAUGCCCAAAGGCAAUCGCUGACUACAACAGAUGGAUGGGCGCAGUAGACAGGUUUGAUCAGAGGCGAAUCUCGUACCCGGUUGACAGGCGGUCAAAAAAAUGGUGGUACCGAAUUUUCUAUUUCUUGUUCGACGCCGCCCCAGUAAACGCAUUCCUCCAGAUCAAGGCACACAGUGAGAUCACAUUCCUGUGGUUUCGCCUCGUUCUGGGUCGACAACUGAUUAAUGGAAACACGUUCAGGCACACGCAGAGUGUUGGGCCAUUUCGAACAAACAAGAAAGGGGCUAGAAAUGGCCAGAAGAUGGUGGGCGUCUGCGAUGAGCUACGGUUUAGGGGAAAGGGCCACAAUCCCCUGAAGGUGCCCAAGAGGAGAAGGUGCCGGUGGUGCUCAACCGCGGGACACGAGGUCCGCACUAGUUUUGUGUGUAAGGCUUGUGUCAUCCCGCUUUGCGCCACCUGUUUCGGCCCAUUCCAUACAGAAAAUUCUACUACCUAGCUGAGGUAUAACCCUCCAAAAGGACACUGGGACAUGGAUAUCCCAUUUUUGUAAAGUACCGGAAUCUGCCAAUGGGACAAGUAUGUCCCACUUUUUUCUAAUAAACGGCUGCCCUUAUUUUGUUGUAAUUUGUUGCAAAAGACUUCUCAAUUGCACUUCUGUUAGGGUUUUAAUAGGUAUUCGUUAUACCGUGUAAAAAAUAUGCCUUGACCCAC